AUGCCGGGCCGCUCCGCCGCUUGUCAUCAGCCCCGGCCCGAGGCGGGGAGCAGCCCCUGGCCGGCCGCCAGCCGCCUCCCUCCCCCUGGCUGGCCGCUCCGCCGAGCGGGAUCCUCCUGCCUCCUCCGCUCCUCCGAGUUAUAGAGCAGAGCAACCUGCGGCAGCGCCGGGGCAGCAUGUCCGGCACCAAAUACGUGGACUCGGAGGGCUUUCUGUACGCGGCGCCCGUCAGGGAGCAGGGCAACAUCUACAAGCCCAACAACAAGAUGAUGGCAGACGAGCUGAGCGAGAAGGCGGUGCGCGAUGUGCACACGAAGGAGAUCGACUUGGUCAACCGCGACCCCAAGCACCUCAACGACGACGUGGUGAAGAUUGAUUUUGAAGAUGUGAUUGCUGAGCCAGAAGGAACACACAGUUUUGAUGGGAUUUGGAAGGCCAGUUUUACCACUUUCACUGUAACAAAAUACUGGUUUUAUCGCUUACUGUCAGCAAUCUUUGGCAUUCCCAUGGCACUCAUCUGGGGCAUCUACUUUGCUAUCUUGUCAUUCCUGCACAUCUGGGCAGUGGUGCCAUGCAUCAGGAGCUACCUGAUUGAGAUCCAGUGCAUUAGCCGUGUCUAUUCUAUCUGCAUCCACACGUUCUGCGACCCACUGUUUGAGGCUAUGGGCAAGGUGUUCAGCAGCAUCCGAGCCACAGUACGGAAAGAGAUUUGAGGGACAUUUCGAAAAGCACCAUCAGCCUGGAGAGAGGGUGGGAGUUUUGUGUUGUUUGGGGUGUUUUGGUGCCAGUUUAACAUUUCCCAAAGCAACAUACAGCAACUGGUGGAUAUGCUGGCCCAAAACAAAAAAUCACUUCUUGCUCAAUUUCCUUUUUUACAAUGUAUUCUUACUGGACUUCUUGCUUAUUGUGUUGUUUUUCUUCCUCUCUUUUCAGUCUGCAUUUCAAACUAACCUUAAAUGGCUAUUCUUCUAUGACAGCUGCAUAUCAUUUUGCUGGCUGUAUAAUUCAGAGACUGAAAUGUUGUUGGAUGCCUUUUUAUCUCACUGUUCAUUCCUUGUAAGAUAAAUCCACAGAGUUACCAAAGAAUGACAAAAAUGCUUUCCAACACUGUAAUGCCAUUCAUUUUAUUGUGGCCAAAGAGUACAGAGCUGCUGCAGCAGAAUAAACAUGACAAGCUGGCAGGUUUUAGCAGAAUGUUCUUUUUCUAUUGUAUAGUCAGUUGACUACAGCGAUUUGCAGUCAUGGUCAGGUAUGGUGUAUUAGGAAUACACUGGUUAAGUAAACAAUUUACUUAAUUAAUGCAUGUCCUGAAAAACUAACACUUCAUCAGGUUGGAGAUACUGACAUGUGAAAGCUUUGCACAUCCAUGAAAAGGCUUCUAGUGCCUUUGUAUCUCAUUCUUUCUCGGAAGUUUGCAGCCAGUUGUUUCUCAGCCUUCACUAAAUUGUGGAAGGAAAGUGAAGUUGUAAACUAAAACUGGUCAUUACGGAAAUGUUUUCCUGACUGUGACUUACGACACAUCCUUUAGUUAGUGUUUAGGUGCUUAUCUCGUAGGCUUCAUUUUUUUUCCAGAGUAUUCAAUAUAAAACUGUGCCAGAGAUAACCCUGAGUUACAAGAAACAUGAAGGUGUGCCAAACACAAGCCACAAAAUGCCAAGGAGGGGCUGCCUCUGAGGGAAACUUUCCUACGAGCUUUAAAAAACUUUCCUAUCAGCAGAAGUCAGCAUGCCACUAACACACGCUAUUUUCAGAAGACGCUUUGCUGCGUCUAAACUAAUCCAUCAGGAGAGAUGGUUUAGAAACUUCACAUUUGGGUUAGUCUGGUUUUAGCUGUGCUGCAAAUUUAAGACAUCAGAAAGUCUUAAAUGGAGGGUGUUGCGUCAAGCUAGCCUAUGCAGUAAGAUGCAAGGCCUACAAGGCAAAGCCCUUGCCACACAUUCUGAUGCUGUGACCUGCAGAAGCUUUUUGCCCUCGUGAUAGCACUGUGUUGAGAGAUACGGCCCGUAUCCUCAUGUGGUUUGUGUGAAGCUUUUGUAAAAAGAGCUGUGAGGCUGAUCAGCUUUCUUGUAACCAGCCUGGGGCCUGAGCCUGCUCCGGUUGGCAUCUACUGUCCUUGAUCUCCAAGAGGGCAGGCCUUGGCUCUUGGGAUUGAGCGUGGAGCUGUCUGGUACACCUGCAGCUUUCUUAUCUAGCGCUGAUAUUUCACAUAUUGCUUUACCUAACACGGGAGUGCCUGCAGUUGCAUUUCUGCCAAAGCAUUGAAAACUUUAGGAAAUGCUGCAUUUUUUUAAUGGGGGUGGGAGGGAGGGAGGGAAGGAGGGAGGGAGGUAGGGAGAGAGGGAGGGAAGAGGGGGAAAUGUGCACAAAAUGUUACAAAGCUAUUAACUACUAUUGUUUGCAUUUAAAACAGACACUGGUAUGGAUAUAGUUUUAUGUUUUUCUAUGUACAUAAUGGAGAGUGUACAAUUAUAGAUUUUUUUUUUCAGUAUUGAAACCAAGUAAGAUUUUAAACAAGAUAUAUUUUAUCUUUUUAUGAGGAAGAUCAUUCUGAAGAAAACUUUUUUGAUUUACCAUAUAAACUGUAUAUCCUGAAAGAUGUCUGUUCACUUAGAUUUAUUAGUCCCUAAUCCAAUACAUUGCUGACCCGAGACAGUUACAUUGUAGUUAUAUGCUUACAGAUAUAACUGACACUUUUUUAAUUCUGCAUGUACAUUAAAUAAUACAAUAAAACAAUGCUUAAUGGUA